AUUUAAAAAGAAAAAAAGAAGAUAAAACGUUAAUCUCAAGACAUUUUGAUUGACCGCAAAAAUCAGAUAUGCUACUCUUGUCGUGUUGAACGCGCGUUAAUCUUUUUAAUAUUUGGAAACUGGAUGAUCGUCCAGCCUUGAGUCAAGUGUUUACCGUUCAUCUUCUAGCCCAGCUUCCAAAUAUUAUAGACAACAGACAUUUUAAAGUUUCAGAUAUGGCAAUUGUUGUCUACUUGGCAAUUUUCAGCUUAACGUGUCUCUCGGGCCUGGUCCACAGCGAGCUAAGCUCGUGUCAAGGUGCCGGCUUAAAAUACCUCAAUGGCGACGCUCUAUCGGGAUUGACCUCAUGUCUUGGACCGGAAAAUACGCCUUAUCCCACAUCUGCCAUUGAACGCAUGUUCAAAUCAGACCGACGAGGUCGGGCAUCGCGUUUGGUCGAUCCCGCCGAAACGCAAAAGACGUUGCUCAAAUUUCACGAAGCUGCCAACUACGGCCACGACUCCAGUCAGCUGUUACAACGCCAAGCAAGGAACGUGUUUGAUCUGCCACAAUCGCAACAGCGUGCCGGCCCUACCGGCUGUUCAACUCCCGGUAGUCGGCUGUGCAAGACGCGGUACAAUACUACGGCGCCGUUAUACGGUGUUUCAUUGACUUCCGGCCAGCCUGUCACCAUCGUCCAGAAAUUCCCAGACCUUCUUCAGCAAGUCAUCUUCGAGGUUUGCGAUUCAACCGAGUGUGACGUCGUGCACGGCGAGUGCGUCCAAACCUACGUCCCUUAUUUGUUCCUGGUCAUUCCGCUAGGCCCCGUGACGUUGACCGGACAAGACUACGUCCUUGUUGAAAACGGUUGUGUAUGUCGUCCAAAAUACGCUCGCCUGGCUGGUCAGCAGGAGUCCUCCCUCUCCGAAGUCCUCCCCGGUUUAAAUUGAUCUUACAUUGUAUAUCUACUACGACUUUGAAAAAAAACAAAACAACAUCCUUUCAAGAGAAUUCCAUCUGCGAUGGAGUUCUGUUGUGACGACAGCGCAACGUUGGUCAAUCAACCGAAGCGCCGAAUAAUUCCCAAUCUACUAUUUAUCAUUCCCCGCACAUCUCAAACAAACAGAAGGACGACCAGGAAAAAAAGAAACAAAUCCAGUUCAAGCGUGUUCUCGAUUCCUUAUUUACUA